GGGGGGCUACAGUGGUUGACCUAUCACUUAGAUAUGACUCUAGGAUGGGGAACUUGCAUCCCUCCAGGUGUUGCUGGACUCCAGCUCUCAUCAGCCCCAGCCAGUUUGGCCAGUGAUUACUGGGGGGGGGGGUGUCUGUGUCACAGGUGCCCAACUUCUGCCCUGAAAGAAAAGGCAAACACUCUGGCAGGCCCUGCACCUUCAAAGCAGAAAACUGCUCGCAGUGCAAAGGCUGAAACCCAGCAAUGAGAGAGAUCAUUAGAGAGAGCUAAGUUCCUACCUUUGGAAAUUGUAUCAGGGAUUUCAGGCCAGCUGUCAUGCACCCUUCUGCCUCUGUUGCCCGGUACUCUCCUGAACUUUCCCCAGCUGUCAACAUACUUCUCCUUUACGUGAUGUUGGCAGGAAAAUCCAUGGAUUGGACAAAGGAGCAGGAGUGGCACUUUAUUUCUUUUGAAGUGGUAUUCAGAAGUUAAAUUGCCUCCAGUGAUGGGACAGUGGACCAUGUCCCUGUGUGCUUUUCUAAUCAAAUAACUGCCCUUUAUUUUCCCCAUGCGUGUCUCCCAGCUCUUAGUGUCCAGAGGUAGUGCAGCUAGUAGUGUCUGGAGCUGUUUUCAGACACCAUGUGAAUGUUGUCCAUGUAAACCACAUGAUUGAGGAGGGGUCAGCAAACUUUCUGAAAUCUUCCUUUGUGUUCACAGGUGGUCAGCAUGCCUAUAGCAGCAGCAGAACAAGUUGCAGGCAUGCCAGGAGCAAGCGAGCAAGCAGCCAGCCAACCUGAGGGCUUCAGUCCUGGCCAAGAUGAAGGAGAACACCUGGAUACAGAUGACGCCGAAUGCAUUGAACAAUUCCUCAAUAUGACGGACGAAGAGUUGGCUAAUUUUCAUUCAGAGGAAUGGCUGAGUACUUUCGAAAUGAAAGACGAUACACCGAAUGGCUCCGACAGCGCCAUGGGGGAUCAGUCCGGCUGAACUCAACGUUUAGGUGUUUCUCAGCAGCAGAUUGGUGUGAUGGGAGCCUGAUCCAUCUUGUUAAUACAGUGGUAACUUGGGAUAAGAACUUAAUUCGUUCCGGAGGUCCGUUCUU